GUCGCGACUGUGACGUCAUCACUGUGCGUCGCGGUGACAACUGCAGCUCGGGGAAUCCUCGUGUGUUGUGUUUUAUCAUCAUAAAUCAGUACAAAUCAACCAUGAGCUCUCAAAUAACUUGUGUCGGUUGGGUGAAGCGGGGAAUCGCUAAAGAAACGCCUGAUAAAGUCGAGUUGAGCAAAGAAGAGCUGCAACGCAUCAUAUCAGAGGCUAAAGAUGAGCUACAGGAUCAUGAUGAUGAUGAUGAUGAGAAGGUUGAUGAAGGUGUGGUGAGUGGUCUGGACAUCAGUGAAGAAGCAGCAGCUCUGACUGAUAGUGAAGAAAUAAAAGAGGAGAAAGAUGCGAACGAGGCAGAGGAUGAUCUUGCAGAGUACGGACUAGACAAAUAUGAUGAAGAAGACAUCGCGACAUCUAAUCUUGGAGACAGUCUGGCAGGACUGACAGUGUUUGGCACCAAUGAAGAAGACCCGUACAUCACCCUCAAAGACACGGAUCAGUACGAGCGAGAGGAUUUUCAGGUUAAAUCCUCAGAUAACCUGAUUCUAACAGGACGAGCGGAGAAAGACUGCUGUAACCUGGAUGUUUACGUGUAUAACUCUGAGGAGGACUCUCUGUACGUGCAUCAUGACGUCCUGCUGCCCGCGUAUCCGCUGUGUGUGGAGUGGCUGAACUUUGACCCCAACCCAGAGGAAGGACACGGGAAUUACGCAGCGGUGGGAAACAUGACGCCGGUGAUUGACGUCUGGGAUCUGGAUGUCGUGGACUGUUUAGAACCGGCUUUCUCCCUCGGCAGCAAGAAGAAGAAGAAGAAGAAGAAGGCAAAGAAGGCGGCGGAGCCCGUUGACGGACACUCGGAUUCUGUGCUGGAUCUGUCCUGGAACCGGCUGGUCAGGAAUGUUCUAGCGAGCGCGUCUGCGGAUGAGACUGUGAUCCUGUGGGAUCUGGAGAAGGGAAAACCAGCGGCGACCCUCACCAAACACACGGAUAAGGUUCAGACGCUGAAGUUUCACCCGUUUGAGGCUCAAACUCUCGUCAGUGGAUCAUAUGACAAGUCAGCGGUUCUGUACGACUGCCGGAGUCCGAACGACAGCCAUCGGAUCUGGCGCUUCAGUGGACAGGUGGAGCGCGUCUGUUGGGACCAUUUCUCUCCGUGUCACUUCCUGGCGAGUACAGACGACGGCUUCAUUUAUUGUCUGGACGCUCGCUCGGAUAAAGCCGUGUUCACGCUGAGAGCGCACGACGGAGAGGUUUCAGGGAUGGACCUGAGCAGUCAGAUCCGAGGCUGUCUCGUCACGUCUUCAGCGGACAAACACGUGAAGAUCUGGGACAUUCUCGGAGACAAACCCAACCUGAUCCACUCCAGAGACAUGAAGAUGGGUGUGUUGUUCUGCGGCUCCUGCUGUCCGGAUCUUCCCUUCGUCUAUGCGUUCGGGGGACAGAGAGACGGACUGCGCGUCUGGGACAUCAGUGACGUCGCUGCUGUUGCAGAGGUUUUCGGCAGUCGGGAGCGUUUGGUGGCGGAUACAGUCUCUGGAGCGUCAGGGAGUCACAUGGAGGUUUCAUAACGACAAACAUAACCAGACACUGAAUCAAUGGAUCAUGGAUCACUGCGACUGUCAAUAUGCAGAACAUAUUUAUGCCAUCAUAUGACGCAUUACGAAAAGAUUCUCACUGUGUUUGUUUAUCUGAUAUAUGUGAUAUCUGAGAUAUAUAUAUAUAU